CGACUGCUCUCCACGCUCCUAAGUCCUCACACUACUUAAACGCGCCCCCUUAGUUUUAUUUUUUGUCGUCUUUCUCCGAUUCAGUUGGUUUAUUGUUAUUGGGAGACGGGGGACCUUCAGCUGCUUGGCGGAGUCGGAGACCACAGACAAGAAUAGACUCUCCUCUUCGUGCAGAGAGAGAGCGCGAGAGUCAACCCUUUUGAGUCUCUGAUACUCAAUCUCUGCAAAAUCUUCAAGGGAGCGAAAAUGAGCUCAGUGUUACAGGGUUUUACGAAGUCGCUCGCCAUCACUGUGCUAUCGGAGAUCGGAGACAAGACGUUUUUUGCCGCUGCGAUAUUGGCAAUGCGUCACCCAAGGAGAUUUGUUUUGUCUGGUUGCCUAGCGGCGUUAAUUGUGAUGACUAUUCUUUCUGCCCUUGUUGGUUGGUCUGCUCCAAAUCUUAUCUCUCGUAAGUGGACUCAUCACAUAACAACAUUGUUGUUUUUUGGAUUUGGGUUGUGGUCACUGUGGGAUGGAUUCAGGGGUGAUGGGGAGGCCGAAGAGUUGGCUGAAGUUGAGGCAAAAUUGGAUGCUGAAUGGAAAGCUAAUAAGGGAACAACAAAAGUCAGCAGCAAGGCUGAUGAUGAUUUGAAAAAGAAGAGGCGGCAAUUUCUCUCACAGUUCUUCUCUCCCAUAUUUUUGAAGGCAUUUUCCAUCACUUUCUUUGGCGAGUGGGGUGACAAGAGCCAGCUCGCUACCAUUGGUUUAGCCUCAGAUGAGAAUCCGUUUGGGGUGGUUCUCGGUGGAGUUCUGGGCCAGGCAUUAUGUACCACAGCCGCAGUCCUCGGAGGAAAGAGCUUGGCAUCUCAAAUAUCGGAGAAAUUAGUUGCACUAUCGGGUGGAGUUCUUUUCCUUGUUUUUGGGAUCCAGUCCUUUCUUUCAACGGCGGAGCCUUAGUAUCAAUCAUCUGGCUAAUGGGAGUGAAAGCGGGUUUUGGUGAAUUGGGAACUCUUAAGACAAUAAUUGAAUUGUCAAUUGCUGAUUGAGAUUAUCAUUUUCAAGGAGUCUGAUGAGAUCUCAUCAGAACUGACCAAUUCAAAGCUAUGAUAUUUUUUCGGAAGGCCAGGGAUAAGUUCUACUGUUGGUGUUCUUAGCAUGGUUGAUAGUACUGUUUCCUUUUCUUUCUGCUAUUGUCCAAGGUCUAGACUUGCCAUUUUGAGAAUCUCAAGCUACUAUAUGUAUGUUAGUUCGUUAAAAUAAAGUUCUAUUCGCGUGUUCUCUCUCGCA